AUGGAAAAGAAGAUGUUCGAGAAAGAUGCGGAGUCAGCGGAAUCGGCUGCUGCGUUGCCCAAGGGUGUUCUCAACGGCUUCAUCAAGAAAAUCAACUCGGAUUUGGCGACCUUCAUCGAAGAGUUCGCUGCGGCUGGAUCAUCGCGUUCCACAAAACCUUUGGAGGUUCCUGGGGGCCGUCUCGGCAUGGACUCCAUCCUCUUCUCUCUGAUCGAGGAUAGGCUCUUGAAGGGCUUUGAUGCGGAGGAUGCGGCCGGCCGGAAACCUGAUCAGAAUGAGGACAAUGAGGACGGGGAUUCGGACCAUUUCUUCCUGGUGCUGUUGGACAAGCAAGAAGAAGGCGGUGUGGCGGUGUUGCCGGAGUCGUCUUCACGGGUGGUGCUUGAUCGUGAUCACUUGUGCCAAGUGUUCCAGAAGCAGCUGCAAAGCCAGGGCUCCGAGGAUGAUGUCACUUCCUUGAAGGUUGUCAGCAAGGUUUGCGGUGCCACCUUGACCGGCUUUGCUGCCGAUGCCCGCUACACAGGCAACCUUCCAGGGAGCUCUGGAUUCUGGCAUAUCCAGAGAGAAGGCAGCAGGAUGAUGGUCAUGCUGAGCUUGGCCGAAGCCUGGGAGUUCGCAAAAGCAGAGAGUCUUCGUGAAGCUUGUUUGGCGAUUGACAACAUCACGGCCUAUGUGGCGAAAGGAGACCUCCUGUAUGUCCCACCAUGCCAGCUGAUCAUUGAGAAGGCGACCGGUUCUGACAACCAUUCCUUGCGAGUCAUGUCAAUGUAUUGGAAAGAUCACGAGAAAAAAUUGCCGAGCGACCUCACUGUGGCUGUCAUGGACGUCUUGCGAGGUUUCCAAGACCCUACUUCUUCGCCCGGGCUGGGCAUGUUCCGGCCAGCUCCUCCAGGGGACAAGGAAGAUGACAACGAUGAGGAGGAGGAUGAGGAAGCUGAGGAAGGCUCGGAAGAAGUGAGGGAAGGCAAUGAGAAAAUCCGCAAGGCGUUGUUGGACGACUUUGACAAGGAUGGCGAGAGCAACGAGGAUAAGAUGGAUGAGAAGCAGAAAGAAAUGAAGAUCGGCGACGAGGCCGGAAAUGAGCCCAUCUUGCAGCCCGUGCCGCCGCAGCCAACGGAAGCUACGAACGAGAAGCAGGACGAAAGGAAGAACGAGGAAGAGGCCGGAAAGCUGAACCUGCAGCUUGAGCCGCCGCCGUCGGAAAACAAGGACGAGAAGCGGGACGAAAACAAGAUCGAAGAAGAGGCUGGAAAGCUGAACCUGCAGCUUGAGCCGCCGCCGUCGGAAAACAAGGACGAGAAGCGGGACGAAAACAAGAUCGAAGAAGAGGCCGGAAAGCCGAACUUGCAGCCGCCGCCGACGGAACACGAGGAGGAGAAGCAGGACGAAAACAAGAUCGAAGAAGAGGCCGGAAAGCCGAACUUGCAGCCGCCGCCGACGGAACACGAGGAGGAGAAGCAGGACGAAAACAAGAUCGAAGAAGAGGCAUCGGACAAGUCAGAGAAGCAUGCCGGAAAGCUGAACCUUGAGCAGCCGCCGACGGAAAACAAGGACGAGAAGAAGCAGGACGAAAACAAGAUCGAAGAAGAGGCCGGAAAGCUGAAUCUUGAGCCGCCGCCGACGGAAAACAAGGGCGAGAAGCAGGACGAAAACAAGACCGAAGAAGAGGCCGGAAAGCUGAAUCUUGAGCCGCCGCCGACGGAAAACAAGGGCGAGAAGCAGGACGAAAACAAGACCGAAGAAGAGGCCGGAAAGCUGAAUCUUGAGCCGCCGCCGACGGAAAACAAGGACGAGAAGCAGGACGAAAACAAGAUCGAAGAAGAGGCCGGAAAGCUGAAUCUUGAGCCGCCGCCGACGGAAAACGAGGAGGAGAAGCAGGACGAAAAAAAGAGCGAAGAAGAGGCAUCGGACAAGUCAGAGAAGCAUGCCGGAAAGCUGAACCUUGAGCCGCCGCCGACGGAAAACGAGGAGGAGAAGAAGCAGGACGAAAACAAGAUCGAAGAAGAGGCAUCGGACAAGUCAGAGAAGCAUGCCGGAAAGCCGAACUUUGAGCCGCCGCCGACGGAAAACGAGGAGGAGAAGAAGGGCGAACAUAUCGAGGAAGAGGCAUCAUAA